AUGGCAGAAGGUGGCAUUUCAGAGAAGAUCACUUGGCCUACAGAAUGCCCCUUUGCUGAAGUGGGGUGCACUGUUUGCCUGUUCAAUUGUCAGGAGUAUAAUCAUCACUUAGCUCUCAACAUUGAGCAACACCUUCAAUUGGUGAUGGACUUACAUAAAGAGAGUGAGGUCAUCUCUCCACUGCAGAAACUCAAUACUAUAAGAUCUGAGAUAGAGUACCUUGAAGGGACACUGGAGAGCUUGGGAGUGAGGGAGCUCCCUGCUCUGGAAUGCAUAAAGACGCAAAUGAAACAGCCGAGUGUAGAAAUUUCCAGUCUAGGCGACAAGAUCGCCUUCAGGAUGUCUGGAUUCAUAAAGCUCAAGGAGUUAUCACAGAAAUGGUGCAGUCCUCUGCUUACUCUCCGUGGGAAGCACCAACUUCGUUUGAUUGUCUGUCCCACUGGCACUGGUGCUGGUUAUGGGACCCAUCUCUCGGUGACUCUUGUGUCUCCGCUAGUAGGUGAGGGACUCGAAUGGCCAAUAGUACUGCCACGACAUCUCGGUGUAAAAGUGGAGCUAUUGGUGGAGACAGACGGUAGUGUAUCAGUCAAUGAAGACUCCUCUGGAUCUGAGAGUAGCUACACAAUGGGCGAGUCUCGUACACACACCUUCACUUGGCGACCAAGAGUGCCUAAAAUAUCAUCAAGUCGACAGUUGUCUAAUUCCCAGCUACGCGAGAAAGAGAAACGAGCGGAUGAUAGAGAAAUACAACGUCGAGUAUCAAGGAUUCUGCCCCCCUGGUGCCAACCACCCCCCACAGUGGAAGCAGCAGAACCAAAUCCACCUAAACCACUUCAGAGUAAUGAACCUGAUGUGGUGACAACUUAUCCACAAAAGAAGAAGUUGAGAAGGGAAGGAUUAAGUGAAGAUAUGAAACUAGAUAAGGAUGGAGUUACUCUGUUCUCAGAUGAAAUGUUUGCCACACAAGAGGAAAUUGAAGAUGUCAUUAGAGAGUUUAAUUCCCUUGUAUUUCAGAUAAGUAUUUGUUUAAUGCCAAUUACCCACAAGACAGACAAUUAGCUAUACAUACAUGUUGUCAUUUUUUUAUACACAAUAGUUAAUCUGAACAUUGUAA